AUGCUGCGCCUUACUGAAAAGCUCCGCAUUCUUCGCCAGUGGUCAUGCCUCGACCCGCCGCCGCAAACUGAGAGCAGCUAUCGCGAGAUCACACCUACUGUGAUCAUCAGAGCAAAAGCCAAGACGCAAAGCAUUAACCGAAGUCAAGCCUCAAAUACCGCAACUCCGGUAGAGCCUGUACAGAGCGAGGGCGUUAGCGACACAUCGAAAUCGGUACAGCAGAUCUCGGCCUUGCUGCGACUACCAAGGGAGCUACGCGAUAUCAUUCUCGGUUAUGUCGUCGAAGAUGAAUCAAAACCUUACUUGCUCAAUAACGGGAGUAAUGGUCCUCCAGAUCAUUUUAUCGUCUUCAAGUCCGGAUGCGCGCUGGUCUGUCGCCAACUUUACUUCGAGUAUCGCGACCUUCUGGACAAUUCUGCAGCACUUCCAGUGGUAUUUGAGUUCCAGAGCUUUCGAGAGCCAAUCAAUGCUGUUACCGCCAUUAUAUACAACGUCAGAUUCGAAAAGCUUAUGGCAUACAUCCUAAGCUUACCGGAAGAGACACGCAAGGCCUUCUCUUGCCCCAAGAAACUUCGAAUAUCCUUCGUCUUCACAUCCCUUUACGAGACAAGGCGUGUAAACCUCAUCAAAUGGCUUCAAUUCUGCCAGAACUACACCAUCACAGCUAGUUAUCGCGCGCCAGUUGGUACAUGGCCAGACUAUAGUCCGGUACUCUUUAUCAACAUCUAUGAUCUCUUCGGCCUACAGGGCAGCGAUGAGGAGGAAAGAAUCUUCACUGCUCUACAGCAAUGGUAUGCCACGCGGUACGAGAUUGGGGGUCGACGUAUUGUGUGUGGCCAUGGCGGAUGGAACCCAUAUGCGAGAGAGGUGCAAAGAGAGCAGGAACUAGGACUGAGGAAGGCGAAGACAGUCGAGCAGGAUCAUCAGCCGGUCAGGCUCGCAGAGGACUAG